UUUUGGAGGAGGCGUUUGGAGUUGGGACUGCUGUGCGGCUCAGUCAGGGAUUGUCUGUUGUCUUUUGUUAAGUUACUUUCUAAUUUGAUCUUUGUUAUCUUUAAGUUUAAGUAAUUGUAAUAAAUCCCUUUGUUUUGACUUUUGUUAAGGUGUUUAGUGUCUUUUAAUGAUGGCAAAUGAUUGCAUCUUAUCUUACAAAUUCACGGUAAAAAAACAAAAACACAGUUAAUUACAAAUAGAGUCUACGGCCAUAGUGACCUUUAGAAGAGUGACUGUGACCCAAAUGUUUUACAUGUCAAUAUUUACUUAAGAGGCAAAAUGUCAUCCAAACCAGUGAUCAGGAAGGAGACAUGUUCCAGCCCCUCCUUUUACCAACACAGCUGAUGAGUUGUGAGCUUUAUCAAAAGAGAUGUUGAAUCAUUUGCCCUGAUAAUGUAAAAAAAAAAACAUAUUGCGCAAUAAUACCCUGAAGCUUUUGAGUGGCUAUAGAAAAGACAGGGAGCUGUGAUUGGUAGUUGUGUGGCCUCAGAGGUUUUUUUUUCAGACCUUGUCACAUAUAAAUUUGUCAGUACAAGUGAUAUACCAGGGAACUUUCCGGACCAAACUGCUGUUAAACCAUGGCCAAGCGCUGGAGUGCCGCUUCUUUUGUGGCUCUAGCACUGCUUGGGUAUUUAGUUGGGACUGAAGUUGACGCUCAGGGCUUACCGUGGCUGAAAAAGGGCCCUCCACCUCCUCAAUAUCCUCCAUUUCAACAGGUCCCACCUUCACCGCCAAAGAUUCCUCAAUAUCCUCCAUUUCAACAGGUCCCACCUUCACCGCCAAAGAUUCCUCAAAAUCCUCCAUUUCAACAGGUCCCACUUCCACCGCCCAAGACUCCUCAUAAUCCUCCAUUUCAACAGGUCCCAGCUUCACCGCCCAAGACUCCUCAAAAUCCUCCAUUUCAACAGGUCCCACCUUCACCGCCAAAGACUCCUCAAAAUUCAUAUCGUCAACACGAUCAAGCCUCCCAAAAUCCACAGUUCCCUCAACCAAAGCAACCGCAGAAUGCAGUGCCACAGACACCUGUCAUCCAGAGUUGUGAAGUUGAGGAAAGAUUGAGAAUCCCAUGCGGAGUUUCUGACUGCUCUGCUGCUGACUGUGAAGCCAUAAACUGCUGCUUUGAUGGGCAAACGUGCUACUUUGGAAAGGCAGUGACUGUCCAGUGUACCAAGAAUGCCCAGUUCAUUGUGGUAGUGGCGAGAGAUGCCACUCUGCCCAAUAUCGAUCUUGAGUCAAUUUCACUGAUGGGAGAAGGUCGAGACUGUACACAUGUUGCCUCUAACUCUGGCUUUGCCAUCUACCAAUUUCCUGUCACUGCCUGUGGCUCUUUUGUUAUGGAGGAGCCUGGGGUCAUAAUCUAUGAGAACAGGAUGUCUUCCUCAUUUGAAGUUGAAGUUGGGCCUCGGGGGGGCAUUACCAGAGACAGCAGCUAUGAGUACACUGCCACUUCUGUGGAAACUCUGGUUGUUCAAGUAUUACCAUUAGAUAAUCCUCCUCUAUCAGUUGCGGCUUUUGGACCUAUCAGAGUACACCUGAGGUUGGCAAAUGGACAAUGCAACUCAAAGGGUUGUAAUGAAGCGGAUGUGGCCUACAGCUCUUACUAUACAGAGGCAGACUAUCCUGUGACUACAGUACUGAGGAACCCUGUGUACGUGGAGGUUCAACUUCUUGAAAAGACGGAUCCUAACCUUGUCCUGACUCUUGGACGCUGUUGGACAACCACAAGCCCCAACCCCCACAGUCUGCCCCAAUGGGACAUUCUGAUAGAUGGUUGUCCAAACAGGGAUGAUAACUACUUGUCAUCACUGGUUCCAGUUGGUCCCCAUUCAGGUGUGGAUUUCCCAAGUCACUACAGGCGUUUCAUUUUCAAAAUGUUUACCUUCGUGAACAAAGAGUCAAUGGAACAACUGAGGGAACAGGUGUACAUACACUGCAGUACAGCUGUUUGCACUCCUGCUCAACGCAACUCAUGCGAACCGUCGUGCUUCAGAAAAAAGAGAGAUGUCAAGGCUGUGGAUCAGGCGACAGCUGGGCCAAAGGUCGUGGUUUCUGCCGGACCUGUGAGCUUUUCCCGAGAUGUGCAGUAAACCGCAGAGUGUCGCGGUCAAUAACAUGGCAGAAAACAUUAAGUAAAAUCACUGAAGCAAUAAAUAACAUUGUUGAGCUAU